UCCAACAGCCAUUCAACAUGUCUCAAGCCAAAAGUGAUCAGAAGCAGAAGCACAAAAGAUUCUGUGGACAUUGCCGCAAUCAUGGAUAUAAAUUUGAGAUUCGUGGACACAAAAGGAACUGCAAAUAUAAGUUUUGUAGCUGUCAAAAGUGUAAAAUUCAGGAAUAUGCGAAUAUGUUGUCAGUUGAUGAAAGGAAGUGCCAAAGGGAGCAAGAAGGGUUUAAAAAUGUUCAGAAAAUUGAUAAAAUUAAGGAUGAUGAUGAGAAAUUUUUUGGAAAUUUCGGUGCAAUUGGGAAUAAAAAGCUUGAAUUUGAUGACAAUUUAAUGUCUGAAACAAAAAGUGAGCUGAAAAAUGUUUAUGAAUUUCAAGAUGAUGACGAUUGUGAUGAACAAUUGCCGCCAUUUCAGUCAGUCAAGAAGUCAACUCAAAAGUCUGAAAUUGGACGGAACAGCGAUGAACUUGAUGAGUUGACCAGCUUCUGUAAAAAUUUGUCUGACGAUUGGAUGUCGUGCGACUUUUCUUUCUCGUUUGAUAAUGAUUUCUUCUGAAUAUUUUGAUUUUAUUCGAC